GAGAAAAUGGUGAUACGUCCAACCACGACGCAUCACCGAGUUGUUCAAGCUGAUAAUGAGCGUGAUAACGCUUGUCGAUACACGGCAGCAGAAGUCUUCAGCUCCGCCGCCCUCCUGGAAACCUCAAAUGACUGCCGACACCUCCACGACCGAAAAGUUCCCUAGUCUGGGCGAUGACGACGCACUGAACGAGCAGCAAGAAGAGAGCGUUUUCUUGCCGUCUACCGUCAAAUACGCGGGGGAACCGCUAUGGCGGCCACGGAAGAAUAGUGCAUACUCGCGCGGGCCACCGCCGGGUGAGCGUUCGCAUCGUCCACGGAAGAGCUUCAGUGAGGCUCUGGGGUCAUUCAGGACCCGGGGGACGAGUGUCAGCAUGAACGCUCAGGACCUAGCUGAGUCGUUAAAGGCGCCGAUUUCCUAUAAACUUAUCGGUCUUUGCUUAGUCUGGUACAUGACAUCAGCGCUCACAAACACAUCCUCAAAAUCCAUCCUCAUAGCUCUACCGAAACCCAUUACGCUCACGAUCGUUCAAUUUGCAUUUGUAUCAACAUGGUGUCUCUUCCUCGCAUAUCUCGCUUCUGUGUUUCCUAUACUAAAAACCGCCGUGCCCGUUCUCAAAAAUAAAAUCCGCUAUCCUUCAUAUGCUAUCAUCUCGACAGCUCUGCCUUUGGCCGGUUUCCAGCUGCUAGGUCACAUACUCAGUUCCAUGUCGACCUCACAGAUCCCCGUUUCACUGGUCCAUACCAUCAAAGGGCUGUCUCCACUCUUUACUGUCCUUGCUUAUCGUAUCUUCUUUCGAAUCCGAUAUGCUAGGGCCACCUACCUCUCCCUCGUCCCCCUCACUCUGGGUGUUAUGCUUGCCUGCUCUGCAGGGUUCUCGACAAACCUCUUUGGCAUAAUCUGUGCACUUGCAGCCGCUCUGGUUUUCGUGGCCCAGAAUAUAUUUUCAAAGAAGCUAUUUAACGAGGCAGCACGUGCAGAAGCAGACGGCCAGUCGCCAGGGGAUAGUACCAAAUUAGACAAGCUAAACCUCUUAUGCUACUGUUCCGGUCUCGCCUUCAUCUUGACACUACCGAUAUGGUUCCUAUCCGAAGGCUACCCUCUCAUGAUCGAUAUCUUGUCCUCUGGUUCUAUCAGCCUAUCAAAUAAGAGAGGUGCACUUGACCACGGCCCUUUGAUGCUAGAGUUCAUCUUCAACGGUGUCUUCCACUUUGCCCAGAACAUCAUGGCGUUCGUCUUACUCUCCAUGAUAUCACCAGUCUCAUACUCCGUCGCCUCCCUUAUCAAGCGAGUUUUCGUUGUCGUCGUCGCCAUCGUUUGGUUCGGCAAUUCAACCACACCCAUACAGGCGUUUGGUAUUGCCCUCACCUUUCUCGGUCUCUAUCUAUACGACAGGAACAAGCAGGACGAUGCUGCAGACAGACGGGCCAACGCAGACCACUUCCAUAAAAAGGAUUCCAUCCUUCCUCUCAACAAUGCUUCAAAUGGUUCCGCCAAGGCAUGGAAUUCAAACGGUUACACCUUCCCAUCCCCAGCGGUUGGUGGUCUUGGAAUCCAUCCGACGGACAUGAAUGGCAAAAAGGAAGACGAUAAGACCAACGGCGUUUCGAGGAGGAAUAGUAUUGCUCGGCCCUGGUUACCACCAGGAACCAAGCAAGAGUUCACAUGGCAACCGGGCGAUGCAUCAUCCCAGCCUCAGAAGUAA